AUGGGACAGUACUUCACCAAUGCUGAAGGGGAGCAAACAGAGAUUGAUGUGGCAGAAUUGCAGGAAUGGUAUAAGAAAUUCGUGGUGGAAUGUCCCAGUGGGACACUCUUCAUGCAUGAAUUCAAGAGGUUCUUUGGGGUCCAAGAUAACUGUGAAGCAGCAGAGUACAUCGAAAACAUGUUCAGAGCUUUCGAUAAGAAUGGGGAUAAUACCAUUGAUUUUCUGGAAUAUGUAGCUGCCUUGAAUCUUGUUUUACGAGGAAAACUGGAACACAAGCUGAGGUGGACAUUCAAAGUAUAUGACAAGGAUGGGAAUGGCUGCAUAGAUAAACCUGAGCUGCUGGAAAUUGUUGAGUCUAUCUACAAGCUGAAGCAAGUGUGUCGGUCAGAUGUGGAGGAGAGGACCCCAUUGCUCACACCAGAGGAGGUUGUGGACAGGAUAUUUCAGCUGGUGGAUGAGAAUGGGGAUGGGCAGUUGUCUCUUGAUGAGUUCGUUGAUGGGGCCAGGAAGGACCAGUGGGUGAUGAAGAUGCUGCAAAUGGAUGUAACCCCUGGGGGAUGGGUCACUGCACAGAGGAGAAAGAGUGCUUUGUUUUGAGAAAAUUGUUUUGAUACAGCUGGAAACGUGAUACUGGCUAGAGCUGUGGCUCUCUUACUCUGUGGUGGUAGUGGCUUUCCUUUUAAUACAGUCUCAGCAUCCAGAUGAACUUCAGUGGUUUAAGAAGCCAUGUCUCAGUCUCAGACCCAUGUGCUGCCUACUGCUGGUACC